AAUCUCAUAGCUCCAAAACAUGUAGUGGACUUACAGCUGGUAAAGUAAAUGUGAUGCAAUCAAAAUGUGGUUGAAUCAUGUGUGAGCAUACGCGUGAUCCAAAAAAGUAGAAAAAUAUAUUUAUUGUAAAUUAAUUUGGAAAGUAAAUUGUGACAGUUAUGGCAUAUAAUUUCAAAAAUCCUGAAGAUGUUGAAGCGUAUCUUAAAAAUAUUUACCUCGAGUACAGAUUCAGUUGUGAAGGCGAAAAAGAUCCAAAAGCCUGUCAUCUAUUAGGUGAAUAUGAAGAUGCUAUAAAAACAGACCGUGAAAAAUCAGUAAAUAUUUUCAAAGAAAAUUGUGACGAAAGAAAUUGGGCGCCAAGUUGCUUGAAGUAUGCCGGAAUGCGAGCUCAUGGAGCAGGUUCAGAGAAAGAUUUAACUACUGCAUAUAAUUACAUGAAGAAAACUUGCGACUUGGGAAAUGGUACAGGUUGUGUACGAGGAGGAAUAAUACUGUUGAUGAAAGAAUUUAAAUUAAUGACUGAUAGAGCAGAACAAAUUAAACUUGGGAUGGAAAUGAUAUCUAAAGCAUGCUAUAAGCAUGAUGUAGAAGAAGGAUGUUUUCAAUUGGCAAGCAUUUAUCUAGGAGGAUUAAAGCAAAAUGUACAACCAAACUUUGAAGAAGCUCAUAAAUUAUUUUUAAAAAGUUGCGAGCAAAAGAAUCCCUAUGCAUGUGCUAAUUUAUCACGUAUGUAUUUAUUGGGUGAUGGUAUUCCAAAAAAUGAAGUCCUAAGUGAGGCAUUUAAACGCAAAGCAGAAGUUCUUAUGCGUGAAAUGAAAGAAUAUAGCAAACAAGUAGAAUUUGGAGUAACCAAUUAGCUGUUGAUAUUGAUAGUGAAUAGGUAAUUUAAUUCUUCUUUAUAAUAAAAACAUGUUUUCGGCUGACUAAAA